CUCCAGUCCUAUCCCCCAUCUCUCUCUAACAUUAACAUUCUCUCUCUGUUCCUUUCAGUUCACGCCAAAAGCCUGCUCUUUCUCCCUAUCUCUCUCUCAAAAGGAAAACCAGAGCUCACAUCUUGUGUCUGAACUUAUCACUCUCUUUCUCCACAUUUCGUUUCUCACGACAUUCGCCGUCUCUCCUUGCGUUCAUUGUGUGUGGGUUCUUGUAUUAUUCCACCAUGGAAGUGGAGGUAUUCCUGCAGUGGAGGAGCAAGGAGCUCUCUCUGUGUUUAAUAAUCACCGUUCUGGCUCUUCUCUGUCCCAUUGCCUCUCCACUCAACGACGAAGGGAAAGCGUUAAUGUCGAUCAAGGCCUCGUUUAGCAACGUGGUGAACGUUUUGCUUGACUGGGACGAUGUGCACAACCAAGAUUUCUGUUCCUGGCGUGGUGUCUUCUGCUACAAUGCCAGCCUCUCUGUGCUUACUCUGAAUCUGUCGAACUUGAACCUAGGUGGAGAGAUUUCACCGGCAAUUGGAGAUUUAAGAAACUUGCAAUACAUAGACUUACAGGGGAAUAAGCUAACUGGUCAAAUCCCGGAUGAAAUUGGCAACUGUGCUUCCCUUGUGCAUCUGGAUUUGUCUGAUAAUUUGCUGUUUGGGGACAUUCCCUUUUCGAUAUCUAAGCUCAAGCAGCUUGAGCUUUUGAAUUUGAAGAACAAUCAGUUGACUGGCCCCAUACCUUCAACACUAACCCAGAUUCCGAACCUCAAGACUCUUGAUCUUGCACGGAACCAGAUUACAGGGGAGAUACCGAGACUUCUUUAUUGGAAUGAGGUGCUUCAAUACCUAGGGUUACGAGGAAAUUCAUUGACUGGAACACUUUCACCCGAUGUGUGUCAAUUAACAGGCCUGUGGUAUUUUGACGUCAGAGGGAAUAAUCUGACGGGUACAAUACCUGAGAGCAUUGGGAACUGUACAAGUUUUGAAAUCUUGGAUAUAUCCUACAAUCAAAUCACCGGGGAGAUUCCAUACAAUAUUGGAUUCCUACAAGUGGCAACUCUGUCCCUGCAAGGAAAUAGGCUAACGGGGCAGAUCCCAGAGGUGAUUGGUUUGAUGCAGGCCCUUGCUGUCCUGGAUUUGAGUGAGAAUGAACUUGUUGGGCCAAUCCCACCAAUACUUGGCAACUUAUCAUACACGGGCAAACUGUAUCUCCAUGGCAACAAGCUCACUGGGCCUGUACCUCCAGAGCUUGGCAACAUGUCAAAGCUUAGCUACCUGCAGUUGAACGACAACAAACUGGUCGGGCAGAUUCCUUCUGAACUUGGGAAGCUGGAGCAGCUGUUUGAAUUGAAUCUUGCCAAUAAUGAGCUUGAAGGACCAAUUCCACCCAACAUCAGCUUCUGUGUGGCAUUGAAUCAAUUCAAUGUGCAUGGUAAUCGCUUAAAUGGAUCAAUCCCUUUGGGUUUGCGCAAUCUGGACAGUUUGACUUAUCUAAAUCUUUCAGCUAACAGUUUCAAAGGCAGAAUUCCUCUAGAGCUUGGACACAUCAUUAAUCUUGAUACACUUGACCUCUCUCGCAAUAAUUUCUCUGGACCUGUUCCAGCUUCAAUUGGUGACUUGGAACACCUUCUCACCCUAAAUUUAAGUGGCAAUCAUCUUGAUGGGUCUCUGCCAGCCGGAUUUGGCAACCUCAGAAGUAUACUGAUCAUUGACAUGUCAAUGAAUAAUCUCUCUGGUAGCAUCCCUCCAGAGUUUGGUCAGUUGCAGAAUAUCUUCUCUCUGAUUCUUAACAACAACAAAUUGCAUGGAAAAAUUCCUGAUGAACUAACGAAUUGUUUCAGUCUUGCCACUCUCAAUGUAUCUUACAAUAACUUAUCGGGAGCUGUACCCCUUAUGAGGAACUUCUCACGCUUUUUACCAGACAGCUUCAUAGGGAAUCCGUUGUUGUGUGGCAACUGGUUGGGAUCAAUAUGUGGACCUUAUAUGGCAAAAUCCAGAGCGCUUUUCUCUAAAGCUGCAGUUAUUUGUAUGUCGUUUGGCUUCAUCACCCUCUUGUCUGUGGUAAUAGUUGCUAUCUACAAAUCGAACCAACCAAAGCAAUUGACAAAGAGAUCUAAAGGGAAUGGACAAGGUUCUGCCACGCUUGUAAUUCUUCAUAUGGAUAUGGCUAUUCACACCUUUGAUGAUAUAAUGAGAGUCACUGAGAAUCUGGAUGAGAAGUAUAUUAUAGGGUAUGGUGCUUCUAGCACAGUAUACAAAUGCGUCUUGAAGAAUUCCCGGCCGAUUGCAAUUAAGCGACUUUACAACCAAUAUCCAAACAACUUGCAAGAAUUUGAGACCGAACUGGAAACAAUCGGUAGCAUUCGACAUAGGAACGUAGUCAGCUUGCAUGGAUACGCUCUAUCUCUCUACGGAAACCUUCUCUUCUAUGAUUACAUGGACAAUGGUUCUCUGUGGGAUCUUCUUCAUGGACCUUCAAAGAAGGUAAAACUUGAUUGGGAGACACGACUAAGAAUAGCAGUUGGGGCUGCUCAGGGACUUUCUUAUCUUCACCAUGAUUGCAACCCCAGAAUUAUACACAGGGAUGUUAAGUCGUCAAAUAUCCUGCUGGAUGAGAAUUUUGAGGCUCAUCUCUCUGAUUUUGGGAUUGCCAAAUGUAUCUCAGCUUCAAAAACUCAUGCAUCCACUUAUGUUCUUGGAACAAUUGGCUACAUUGACCCAGAGUAUGCUCGAACAUCCCGGCUCAAUGAAAAAUCGGAUGUUUAUAGUUUUGGCAUUGUUCUUCUGGAGCUACUGACUGGAAAGAAGGCAGUGGACAAUGAGUCAAACUUGCAUCAACUGAUAUUGUCCAAGGCAGAUGAUAAUACAGUCAUGGAGGCUGUUGAUCCUGAGGUUUCUGUGACUUGCAUGGAUUUAGCCCAUGUCAGGAAGACCUUCCAACUUGCUCUGCUGUGCACAAAGCGGAACCCUUCUGAGAGGCCAACCAUGCAUGAGGUCUCAAGGGUUUUGGUCUCCCUGAUUCCAGCACCUCCUGGAAAACCUGGUUUUAAACCACCAAAGACAGUUGACUAUGCUCAAUUUGUGAUCGACAAAGGACAACAGCAACCAAAAGUGCAGCAGCCGCAGUUUCAGCAGGAGAAUAAUUCUUCUGAUGCUCAGUGGUUUGUUCGGUUUGGUGAGGUCAUAUCUAAGAAUACCCUUUGAAGUUUCCAAUUUCAGUCCUUGGCAUCCGACAAGACAAAAAAACAAGAGGAUGGAAGAUAGGGAAAGUCCCAGUUUUUGUUCCUUCCCUAAAAGAUGAUGAAUAUCUGGCUCUAGUAACUUGGUUCUGGGACAUAUAUUACUGACUAUAUUUUGCUCGUGAACAUCUGAUGAUGCAUUUUUGGACGGUUGAAUCUGCCAACAUUACGGUACAAGUAAUCCUCAAUUUGUAAUGUGUAUUUUGUUCUAAUACAUGCUGACAACAUGUCUAUGCUCCAGUAUAGUUUUGUCUUAUUUCCUCUAGUCCAACCAAUUAGUUGUUAAUGCCUUCUAGACAUUCAGACUUCCACAAGAUUUAGCUUCUACUGUAAAGAUUUUCCUCUUUUCUAAGACAGGUUUGCAGGAAUUAUAU